UAAAUAAAUAAAAAAGGGCAACACCGUCCGCAUUUGCGCAACACCGCCAUCCAUCCGUCCCCAACCGCAAAUUGUACUACCAGACGGUAGCAGCACCAGCAGGGCGUUCACCACCACACCACUGCAACCUUCCACAUUAAACAUCCACGUGGCAACAGCCAACCUCUUUGAUCCAUCCAAAACCUUCAAUAACACACCUCCCUCCCUUCUCCUCUCUCUCUCCACCUCAACAAACAACGCUUCAUAUUCGUGUCUUUCCUCCCCUCUCUCUCCUCUAGCGCGCGCAAGCGCAAGCAACUGAUCCAAAAACGACAACAGUAAGAAAAACAAAAACAGAAACCAUUUCCUCUUUGCCUAUUAGCCGAUGGAAAAGAACCGCACUAGGAAUUAAAAUCGGUUUUUCCCAGUUAUGGAUUAUCCAAUUCUGGAAUGGAAUAAUGCUUUAUUUCCAAUUCUGAAUUAUUAUUAUUAUUAGACCAUUAGAUGUCUCGUUUUCCAUACACAACUUCAUUGCCUACUUGUAAUCGCACAUUUAUUCUUCAGGUAUCUGAUUCUUCUUCUCGUCAUCAAUUCACAAUCCCGAGAUGUCUAUAUAACUCCAUAAUGCGAAUUCCCAAGAGCCCUGUUUCCGUUUCUUUCUGUCUUUCUCUUUUUUAUAAUUCUCCUGCCUUUUCCCCUCCUUUCUUCUCUUCCUCCUCUCGCAUUUCGCUUCUUAGUUCGCGAUUUCUGGGUAAACCGAAUCGCUCUUUCUCCCUUGCUACCGGAGGAGUUACUCAGUUGCACGCUAGCUACACAAUGGACAAGAUUCAAAAGACAUCCCAAUUCCAGCCAAUGGGCGGUGCUGAUGGUGUUCAAGAACCAUGCAUAUGGUCAUCUCCUGAAGGAGGGUGUGAUAUUAAAAUUGGAAAGCAGAUUUUCUGCAACAGGUCACUAAAUAUGAAGAACAUUUUAGCUGUUGGUUUUGAUAUGGAUUACACUUUAGCACAAUAUAAACCUGAAACCUUCGAGUCCCUUGCAUAUGGAGGCACAAUCAAAAAGUUGGUACAUGAUCUAGGUUAUCCUGAAGAGCUGUUAGAAUGGUCUUUUGACUGGAAGUAUAUGGUCAGAGGUUUGGUUCUUGAUAAAAAGAGAGGCAAUAUCUUGAAGAUGGAUCGCCAUAAAUAUGUGAAAGUGGCCUAUCAUGGAUUUAGAGAGAUGUCUAAGGAAGAAAAAGUCCAUACUUAUGGAAACACUCUGAUACGAGAUUCUUUUGAUGAGCCGGACUAUGCACUUAUUGAUACUCUGUUUUCAUUAGCUGAGGCAUACCUGUUUGCCCAACUUGUGACCUUCAAGGACAAUAAUCCGGCAAAGAUUCCAGAGGGUAUUGGUUAUGCUCGUAUGUAUAAAGAUGUUCGAGCUGCAGUUGAUUUGUGCCAUCGUGAUGGGACAUUAAAGAAAAUGGUUGCAGAGGAUCCGAAAAGGUAUAUUAAUGAGGAUACAUCUAUAGUUCCUAUGCUCAAAAUGCUCAGAGAUUCAGGUCGUAUAAUAUUCUUGGUGACAAAUAGUUUAUGGGACUAUACAAAUGUUGUGAUGAAUUUUCUCUGUGAACCUCAUGUCUUGGAAGGCGGCAGAACUUGCCAUUUUGAUUGGCUCAAGCACUUUGAUGUUGUCAUCACUGGCAGUGCAAAACCAGGCUUCUUCCAUGAAGACAGCCGUGCUAAUCUCUUUGAGGUUGAACCUGAGUCUGGGAUGUUACUCAAUACCGAUAAUGGCACUCCAAUGCCUCAGGUGGGAAACACCUCGCCAAGUAUUGUAUUGAAUAAAUCAAAUGGAUCAAAUUCACCUUGCCGAGUUUUCCAGGGAGGAACUGUUGCUCAUCUUCAUAAACUGCUCUCAAUUGGGUCAAGUUCACAGGUUCUUUAUGUGGGGGAUCAUAUAUAUGGAGAUAUUUUACGCAGCAAAAAGGUUCUCGGUUGGAGGACAAUGCUUGUUGUACCAGAGCUUGAGAGAGAGGUUGAACUGCUUUUCAAAUUAAGGGACACACGGAAGCAACUUAGAUUGAUGAGGGAUGAGAGGGAUGAAAUUGAAGACCUGAUGCAUCAUCUAAAGUGGUCUCUUAAAUUUGAAGAUCAUAAUGUUGAUCAGAAGCAGAAGAUAUCUACUGAACUAAAUGAAUUGGAGUCAAAACGGGAUCAAGUAAGAAUUAGUCACCAAGAGGCUCAACGAGCAUGUCACCAAGAGUUUCACAAGGUGUGGGGACAACUAAUGAAAACUGGCUAUCAGAACUCUCGGUUUGCACAUCAGGUGGAGAGAUUUGCUUGUCUUUAUACAAGCCAAGUAUCGAAUCUAAGCCUGUAUUCUCCAGACAAAUACUACAGACCUAGCGAAGAUUACAUGCCUCAUGAGUUCCAUGUUCUGCCUGUGUGACUGAGAAUUGUUUGGUUGGUGGCUUGCUUUUUUGAGGGAGCUUUAUAGAUUUUUUGGUUGUGGGAAGGGUAAACAAUAUUUGCAAUAUUGCUUUCAAAGAAAGGCUGUAUUUUUUCCCUUAAUUUUGUUUUACUUCAAGUUUGCUUGCUGUUCCUGUAAUUAGAACAAUCUUCAAAAUCUGUUUCAGUAAAAUACGCUCAAUGCCAUUAGAUUUUCUGA